AUGGAUAACUUCACUAUUUGGGUUGACGCCCCGUCAGAAGCUCUCAUUGAAACUCCACUAGACGAUGAAUCGAAUUGUUUUCUCCGAGAGGAAAUUCAGCAAACUCAGCAGUAUGUCAUCGAAAAGCUUGAUGAGCAGAAAAACUGCGAACAGGAAAAAGGUGAACAGACUGAUGAGGAAACGACAAAAGCUAGCAAAAUUCUUUCUCUUGUAUCCACCGAAGGGAAACGAUCCAAAGAUAUAAGUCGCGAGCUCGUUGAUCUCCAAGAAGCAUGCAAACUUAAUGAAAUACAUUUGGUUUCUAUACAGAAAAACUCGCCAGAUUUCGUUAAACUCCGCAAAGAAAAUUAUGAUCAGGAUCUGAUUGAAACGAACAAUGCACUAAUACUACUGCAUGAUAAUUUUACGAAACGUCAAAGUUCCCUUGAAAAACUACAACAAGCAGGACUGAGUUGUGACAAGGAAGAGGCAAAACAGGAAUGCAAAAAACUACGAUUUUGUGUUCUUGAAGCAAAACAGAAACACGAGAAGCUGUUGACGUUGCGUGGAUCAGUUUCGAAACUGAAAAACGAGUUCGAUGAGGCGAUGACACGUCAAAAAAAAGAACGAGAGUCCAUCGAAAAAGCGAGAGCUGAAUUGAAAAUUGAUCAAGACUUGGUUAACAAAAUGACAGAAGAAUGUGUGAAUCUCCGCUCACAACUCGUUCAAAUAGAAGCUGCUCAAUCGCAAAACCAAGUAGAAGCAGAUCAAAUGGAGGUUCAGCGUCUUCAAAACAAUGCAAAGAAAAUUCGCCAGGAAACUGAAGAGUUGAUUCCUAUUCUCAGUAAAAUCGAGAACGAUACAAAAGAGGCUCAGAAGGCAGUAGAGGUCCGACGACAAGACGAGUUGAAUGUUGAAGACUUGAUAAAAACGAAGAAAGAAGCUAUCGCUAAGAUUUUGCUCCAAAAAAUCCAGCAUGAAACUAAAAAGACGACGAAGAACAUCAAUCUCAAAAAAAUUGUAGAUUUGAAACGUGCCAUCAGCAAAGAAUCGUUGGUAUUGGCGAACGCAAACAAGGUUCUCGAUGAGAUGAAGCCGGACAAUAAAACCGUAAAUGAACUUAAGCGAGAGAUCUCAGUUAUGCGAUCGGAAAUUCGCGGUUAUGAGAAAGAAAUAAGAGAGGCUACAAAAGAAAACGGCAAGCUAAUAGAGCAGAUUGCAGAAAUGAGAACUCCUUCUCCCGAAGCGACAUCACCAAGAAUUAAUUUGAAUGACACUGUCGACUUCAAUGAAUCAGAAUAUUCCGAACAAAUGGCCAUCCCUGAGCCAAUUGUUAAUAUUACUCCUGUUCAAAGAAUUGUUUCUCAUGAUGUCUUCACUGGUGCACCGCUAAUGACUAGUACUCCCCUCCCGAAAACUGCUGAAACUUCCGUUAAAACUCGUGCAGCCGCUCGUCGACUUGAACAAACUGCUGCUACUAAAACGGCUGAAAUUCGGAAGAAAAGAGGUGGAAAGAAGUAG